CAGGUUUUUUCGCUCCGAGAGCGAUUAAUGACGUCAUUGCAUUGCCUCUGCCAAUAAAAACCUUGAAUUCAUUAUCAGUAAAAUAUAGCGAUUAAUUGAUCCGAGUUGGAUUAAUCAUUAUUCGAAAACGCUACAAGUCUAUCACAGAUAUACAAUCGACCCUCGGGCAAAAAAAUCUUUGCUCCUUUUUGUCCCGAUUGGUCAAUUAAACGCUACUUUAUUCCACGGGGAUAGAAUUUUCGAACGCAUCCAAUGCCGAAAGAAACCGUCCCGACAAUCGACGACAUAAACAUAACCUUUAUAUGACGAUUGUUACAAAAAUAUUUCAAUUUAUCGUGAAAAGGAUGCGAUUAUGGCAAAAGUUAUUAAGCGUGCUAACAUAAAGAAAUGUACGAGGGAGCAAUUGGAACAAUUUGAUAAAACGGAAUUAAUUGACAAAAUAUUACAAUUAGAAGCUCACAACGAACAACUCAGAGCAUUAAUUACAAAAGUUACAGAUGCUAAGUCGAAAAAGAAAGGGCUGUCUAAUACAGUAAGAAAAACGUUUGAUUUUUCACGAUAUCAUAAGAGGCACAUUCUCUUAAAAUUCUGUUAUCUUGGUUGGGACUAUCAUGGCUUUACUAUACAAGAAGAUAACAAUAACACUAUUGAGCAUCAUUUAUUCACAGCUUUGUUAAAAAGUUGCUGCAUAGAAUCCCGCGAGAGUGCCAAUUAUCAUCGAUGUGGACGCACCGAUAAAGGUGUUAGCUCUUUCUCUCAAGUGAUUUCAUUAGACAUUCGCAGUAGGUUGGAUCCAGAAAAUCAAGAUAAUUUGUCAGAGGAAUUGAACUAUUGUAAAAUAUUAAACAGAUUACUACCAACAAAUAUAAGAUGUAUAGCAUGGUAUCCAGUCUCAUCAAAUUUUUCUGCAAGAUUCGACUGCAAAUAUAGGACAUAUAAGUACCUUUUCCCAAAGAGCAAUUUGGAUAUAGAUGCCAUGGACAAAUCCGUCAAGUACGCUAUAGGACAUCAUGACUUUCGUAAUAUUUGUAAAAUGGAUGUAGCCAAUGGUGUAAUUAACUUUAAGAGAACUGUACUUGAUGCAAAAGUUUCUAUAACCUAUCAAAAUAUGAAAAAAGUUACAGGCUAUGACAUGUGCGAAUUAGAAAUCACAAGUCAAGCCUUUCUCUGGCAUCAAAUACGUUGCUUAAUGGGCAUCUUGUUACUGGUUGGACAAAGAAAAGAAGAUCCCGAAAUAAUUUUAAAGCUUUUAAAUAUUGAGGCUUGUCCACAGAAGCCGCAGUAUAAUAUGGCUCAUGAAGUACCAUUGAAUCUCUGGUAUUGCGAUUAUGAAGGUGUAGAAUGGUUUAUUGAUAAAAAUGAAUUAAUAAAUACUAUCAAGACAUUACAACAGGAUUGGGCUCUCAAUACUAUAAAAUCUACAAUGAUUAAAAAUAUGUUGACAAAGUUGGAAGAUUUGGUCUGUUGUGCAAAUACUGAUUUUCAAAGUGAUUGCCUCCUUCUUGGAGUACGAUCGAAAGUAUAUCGGCCAUUAAUGAAACGAGAAAUGUGUGAGAGUUUGGAAAGUAAAAUCAAGCAUUACGAGAAAAAACGAAAGUUCGAGAUCAUACAUUCGAAUGUUACAUAGUAUACUCCUAUGCUAAUCACAGGACUUGCAUUACAUAUGUAUCCUAACAUUUUAGGUACACAAUUUUUUGACUGUAAAAAUUACAUAUGGCAUCUUAAAUUUUCGCUAUAUAUUGAGAACGCUUUGUUCAGCCUUAUUGUUCGUCGAAUUUUGAUACAAUGAUUAAGAGAGAACCCCCUCUGCAAAUUUCUUCAGAGAUAUUAAAUUUUAAGAACAUUGUUAAAAUCAACUCUGUAAAAUAACAAAAGAUAGGCCUCUUCCGUAAUAACAUGCAAAACAACAAGCGAAGCUUUUACAAAUCGCUGUCUAUAUAAAUCUAAAUGAUUUAAUGCGACGAGAGUUUUGUGUACAGUUUAAUAAGUAUUUUUGAGUUAAAUUAGUAACUAAAACCAAAAAAAGAAAAAAAUUUGUGAUUAUACAAUAUUAUUUUAUCUAUAAUCUUGAAAAAAUCUAACAAUAGAUUACUCUAUAAACAUUCAAGUUUUUUAAAAUGUUUAUUUACAGAGGGCAAAGCUGUUACAGCUAUAUACACAGGAUUAAA